CGUUUUACACUUGAGCUGUUGAACGCAAACCAGAAGUACCAAGUUGCCAACUCCCAAAAUGCGGUUGCCUCCGCCGUGUCGACGCGGUCUACCUUCAAUGAUGGCCGCCAGGCAAUUCCAUUCCACUACACAGGUGUCCAUGCGGAAAAGGGUGUCCAAGGCGCCGAAAGCAGACGAUGAAGAAAUACUUCAGCACUUUCGGCCAGACGGGGGAUUAGAUGUACCAGUGGCAGGAUACCUGUUGUACCGCCAGCAGCGACAGACAUUAUACUACAUGCGGCUAAUUGAGCACGAGAUUCCGAAACUCGUAGCGUUCCGCAAACCAUUCGUCCCUCCAACUUCCGAUACACCUCUCGUCAUACGGUCCGUCAAUUUUGCUGGGGAGCAGCAUCCAUUGACGGCCAAGCGGAGUGUUGUUGUCCCGGUCGCGCAUCUUCCCCUGCGGAACGAAGUAGCUUUUCAGAGAGCGAAACUCCUCGCCGGCGUGCGAUUCCGGUAUUCAGCGGAUGAGAAUGCAGCCAAGCAUGGUUUUAUCAAGAUCUCGUGCGAGGACUUUCCGCGAGCCAACAUGAAUUUAAAAUGGAUCAGCGACACGAUUGAUAAGCUGGUUCUUGAGGCCAAUGCUGAGGGCGAGGCACCAUAUCAACGGCUACCACUCGAUACCCGACAUCUCGAUGCUAAGGUGCGGAAAGCGAAGAAGGGUGAUCAUGUGCGGGGCAGAGGUGGAUCACGUCCGAGUCUUAAAGACUUCCCCACGGAAUGGCUUCCAAAGCGUCAAGAGGACGCGAUAUCUUCUGUGCUUCCAUCUCAACAAUAGAUCGUUUCUUUCGGCGGCCGCUGUAAAUCGGGCUGAUAUCAUGAUCACGAGUGUAUGAUGAGUCAGUCAUGCGAAAUAUGUUAUAAACUCCAUCGAUGAAGUGUUUUGAUCUCUAUCUUCC